AUGGGAUUAGCCUUACUGAUGCCCGUUCAUUCUCAAACAGCCUACGGGCCCAGACACGGUAGGUCCUUCUCCACAUUGAAGAACCCGCAUCAUCAUAAUCAUCAUCAUCAUCAAACGGCAAAUUUCGUCCCUAUUAAUGUGGAGUUGCAACCCAUCAUCGAAGAAGUACCAGAUAUAACGCAGCAAACAAUUACUGAUAACUAUAUAAAUUAUAAUGAAGAGCUAGAAAGCGUUGUCCAAUCAAUCUCUGGAACAUUGACAGAAAACGAUUUACAGGACCUCUUACUGGCAUAUGCGCAAUCCGCUCAGAAUGAUAAUGUCAAUAGUGGGAAAGUAGAGAGUGAUACAAGAGAGAAGAGUAAUUCUUCACAGGACACUUCAUCAGAAUGGAAACUAACUUUGAAAUUGCUUUGGAUUAAGUAUGCAUUUUAUAUGGUGAAUAAAUUGGAAGUAAUGCAAUCCAAGACCUACGAAUAUUUCUGGAUUUCUGUUCUGUAUUUGAAUUUUUGGUUUCCUAGGAUGGCAACUUUCCUAACGUAUGUUUCCUUUGUUCUAUUAUUUUGUUCCUCUAUUGUUUUUCCUUUUACUAACUAA